CUACGGCGGUGGCUGGGCACAAGCUGCCGGCGUCGGAGCUGGACGACGCAGCGACGGUCGACUGCUCCAUCAGGAACUGGCGCAUAAGCAAGCCUGCGCUCGAGGCCAUGGCUGGGCUGCGCCUGUUCAACGCCGGCCUGAUGGAGCGCCAGUUGCGAGUUGCCCUGGCGCGUGACUUGCACAUCCUGCGCGGCCGCGACGCGGGCCCGAACGUUCGUCCGACCGCGGGCGGAGAG